AGCUGGAUGACCAGAAAAUUGAAGUAUAUGGGGAGAGAGCAUUGAAUAUAAACUUGACUGAUUCCAACAAUUUCCAUCACUUGUCUCGUAUCCUAUGUGUCUUAGUAGAGAAAGAAACCCAAACCCCCCUUCUUCCUUCCUAGCUCAUCUACCAAACCAAACCAAACAAAUAAUUAUAAAAAGCAUAUUUUAAACUAAGUUUUAAGUACUGGUAUUAUUGUUUAAGUCCUUUCUUUCUUCAAAGCUCCAACAAUUGAUAUAAAUGUGUGUUUGAGUCUGACCACACACGUUACCAUUAUUUUUCAUUCAGUCAUCUAAUUCUUUUUUUUCCUCCAAAACCCCCCAAAAAUAAAAGGUUGUCAUUUUUCUUUUCUUUUCUCCCAAUAUAUAAUUCUUUUUUUUUCCUUGUUUUUUUGGGGCGGUGGAAAUUUGGUUAGUUAACAGUCUUUAGAAAAUGAGUUCAUAUUUCCGGCAGAAAUUCCAAAUUUCUUCAAUAUGGUCAUCAUCAUCGUCUUCCUCACCAGAAGAAGACAAAGAUGAAGGAAAAGUGAAUCAUCAAGAACUUAAACAUGAGGAUGAUUAUGAGGAGGAGGAAGAAGAAGAGGAGGAGGAGAAGCUAGAACUGGAAGAUCAAAAAAGAGACGAGAUUGAACGAAGUAAAAUCAAGAUCAUGAGAGCCCGCCUUCUAACUCAAGAUCCUUCUUCCCAGGAUCUAGAUGAUCUUAUGAUCAGAAGGUUUCUGAGAGCUCGUGAUCUUGACAUUGACAAGGCUUCUGCUUUGCUUCUCAAGUACUUGAGCUGGAGGAAAGAGUUUGUUCCCAAUGGCUCCAUUUCUCCAUCAGAGAUCCCAAAUGAGCUUGCUGAUGAUAAGUUGUUCAUGCAAGGACUGGAUAAGUUGGGCCGUCCCAUUGUAGUAGUUUUUGGUGGACGCCAUAAGCCUAAGAAUCUCGAAGAGUUCAAACGCUAUGUCACUUUCAGCCUUGACAAAAUAUGUGCCAGAAUGCCUACUGGACAAGAGAAGUUUGUUUGCAUUGCCGAUCUUGAAGACUGGGGAUAUACCAAUAGUGACGUCCGCGGUUACAUUGCAGCUCUGUCAAUUUUACAGGAUUGCUACCCGGAAAGACUAGGCAAGUUAUUCAUUGUUCAUGCUCCUUACAUAUUCAUGACGGCUUGGAAGAUGAUUUACCCGUUUAUUGACCGUAAAACAAAGAAGAAGGUAGUGGAUUUUCUGAUCCUGUCUUUCCUCUUCCAGAUGAAUGAUACCUUUAGGGUACAUGGAUUAAUCACACACCAGAAGUCUAGCUUUCUAAUGUUUUGGCUGAAAUGUGAUUUGAUUUUUCCUUUGUCACCAGGCAUCAUGAUGCACAGAAUCACGGCUUAGAUUUCUGGUUCCUUUCUUGAUGUAGUUUCAGGAUUUCUAAUCUUCUGAUUGGUUGUUUGUUUAUGCAGAUUAUGUUUCUCGAGGACAAAAAACUGAGAUCAAAAUUGCUUAAUGACAUUGAUGAGAGUCAACUUCCUGAAACAUAUGGAGGCAAACUACCAUUGAUCCCGAUUCAGGACUGCUAAACUGAUGUUCCAAUUACAAACACUAAAUGUGUUUUCCUAUGUACCCUCCAUUAUAUUGUUUUUAUUAGCCAUGUCCCAUUUUCAAGAUCAUUUUAUUACCAUUGGGAUAUGAACCUGAUCAGUAUUCAGUACCUCGUUAUCCUGUACCAUUUGUAACAAAAACCUAUAUUAUUGUGGUUAUACUACCGAAUGCUAUCUGUUGUUGAAACAAUACGAGCUAAACUGCUAGUCUCUGCUUAUCGAACUUCUGUGCAUUCCUCAUUUCUUGUUAUUAAGGA